AUGGCUGGUCAGAAAUUUCCAUUUAGUGCAACGUUUGUUUAUGGGCGUAACACUAUGGAGGAAAGGAAGAUUUUAUGGCAAAGAUUACCUAAGCUUUCAGCUGCUGCUUGGGUAAUUUUGGGAGAUUUUAAUGCAAUAUUUACAGCCAAAGAUAGGAAUGGAGGGAAGCCUGUGUCUAAAGCUGAAUUAUUAGAUUCUUCUCAAUGGCUUGCUAGGACUCAAAUGGAUGCGCUUAAACAAACUGGCUCUUUCUUUACUUGGACUAAUAACCAAGAUGGGCGUGCUCGCAUAUACUCUAAGAUAGAUCAUGUGUUUGCUAAUGAGGACUGGGUGGAUCUGUUUCCUAAUACAACAACAGUUUUCAACUGGGAAACGGUUUCUGAUCACUGCUCUUGUACACUUUCUAUUCAGGGCAUGGAGAACUUGGGAGUUAAGUUGUUUCGUUUUUAUAAUUUCUGGGCAGAUCAUAAAGACUUUAAAGAGGUGGCUCUUGAUAGCUGGAGGAAGCCGAUUCAGGGGACUGGAUUAAAGGCCAUUUAUCUAAAGACAAUGCGGCUGAAACACAAACUGAAAAGAUUUAAUAGGGAUCAUAUAGGAGACAUAGGAGUUCAAUUUCAUAAGGCUAAAGAUGAUUUUCAGGCUGCCCUUUUCCAUGCUCAGCAACAUCCUAGUGAUUUUACUCUCCAAGAUAAUGUCAAGGUUGCUGCAGAUGCUUUUAUAAUUCAGGAGCAAAUGUAUCAUAGCUUCUUGGCUCAAAGAAGUAAGAUUAAUUGGUUAGGGAAGGGAGAUUCGAACACUGCUUAUUUCCAUGCUUGUCUGAAGAAAUGCAAAGAAGAGAAUAGGAUAGCCUCUUAUGUUACUGAGCAAGGUAGGGUGGUGGAUAACUUUUCGGAAGUGGUCUCUCAUUUUCUGAACCACUUCAGGAGUAUUAUGGGCGGGCCUAGUUCAGUUACUAAGAAGUUAAAUAUCCAUUGUGUAGAGAUGGGUUCCAAGCUCUCAGUUGACCAGCAGCUGUCUCUGUUGAAGCCUUUUUCUCACAGGGAAAUUCGAAAUUCCUUAUUUAGUAUCCGUAUAAUCAAAUCCCCGGGUCCAGAUGGGUUUGGUUCUGGUUUUUUCAAGGUAUUGUGGCUGGAUAUAGGCGAUGAAAUAUGUAGAGCUGUAGGGCAGUUUUUUGAAUCAGGCAGUAUCCCUGAGGAUCUACUUAAUACCACAUUGUCUCUGGUCCCCAAAAUUGAUAAUCCUUCUCGGGCUGUGGAAUAUAGGCCUAUUGCUUGUUGUUCUACCAUAUACAAAUAUGAUUUGCUUUUAUUUUGUAAAGGAUCUUUGGCUGCUGUUCAAGUGCUCAAGGGUACUCUAGAGGAAUUCAGUUAUGUUACUGGGCUGCAAAUUAAUGCUAGUAAAUCGCAUGUUUACUUUGGGGGGGUUUCUGUUGCUGACAGACAAAUAUUAGCUGCUGAGUUACAACUUUCUGAAGGGUCAUUUCCCCUUAAAUAUCUUGGUGUUCCCAUGAGACCAACUAAGUGGAAGCAUGAAGAUUGUGACAUCAUCAUCCAAAAAUUCAGAAUGCGAUUACAUACUUGGGCCAGCAGGCACCUAUCCUUUGCUGGUAGAAUCCAACUCAUUCAUUCUGUUCUAUUUGGACUGCGGAACUACUGGAUGAGUAUUUUUAUACUUCCUCAAAGUAUUAUUAAGGAGAUUGAAAAGUUAUGUCGUGGUUUUCUUUGGGGAGUAAAUGGUAAUAGGAGCAAAAUACAUAUGGCUUCUUGGUCGAAGGUCUGUAUGCCAAAAGUUUAUGGUGGCCUUGGGUUCAGAAAUGGCUCAGUUUGGAACCGAGCCAUCUUCGCUAAGUAUGUCUGGGCUAUUACUGAGAAGCAUGACGUACUUUGGGUCAAAUGGAUCAAUUCAAUAUACUUGAAAGGUUCAGAUUUCUGGUCUUAUAGACUUCCUCCUGAUACUAGCUGGUAUUGGAGGAAAUUAUGUAAUCUAAGGGGACACUUCAGCUGUGAUGAGGUGAAAGUUGCUGGUUCUUCAGGAAAAAUUCACCCUUCAAAACUGUAUAACAGUUCUCUCUGUCAACAACAGGUUGACUACCAUAGAGCUGUUUGGUGCCGGAUGUCUAUACCUAAGCACAGAUUUCUGCUUUGGCAAACUGUAAACUCUCAGCUGCUAACCUGUGAUAAUUUGCUCAGGUUAUGUUUGGCUCUUGACUCUCUUCUAUGUCCUGUUUGUGGUAUCUCUGCUGAGAAUCAUGCCCAUUUAUUUUUCGAUUGCUAUCUUUCCAAGCAGAUUUUGGUCAUCAUUUUUGGCUGGUUGGGUUUUCAAGCUUGGCCUUCUGAGUUUACUAGUUGGCUGGUUUGGCUCUCUAGCAGGAAUCCUGGAAUUAUCUUUGCUAUCAUCAACUCGGUUCUGGCAGCUGUUGUGUAUAGUAUUUGGAGGAAUUGA